AGGAACGAAAGAAGCUAUCGUCGGGGCGUUGCUUCUAUUAACGAAGAAUGGGAUACAGAAGCGGUAGAAAGAGCAGCAAUGGUCGUUCCAAGUUACACGCCGUCAGACGACAUCGUCGUAGCUCGAAGAAUCGUGCUGCCUUGUCGUCCUGUGUGCACAAAUGCGUGGGUAGCGAAGGUUUACAAAAAAUAAGAAAUCACAUAAUGAAGGCCCUCAACUUUGGUAUCGAGUCCGGAUAUCUCGUACCAACGGACGCAACCUAUAAGAUGCUGCGCGUAUCCUCCGAUUUAUUGGAAAAACGGCGAAGUCGAAGAACGGAGAAAAAGGACGAAGAGACGACGAAAUACAGGAGGAAAGGGUCCAAGGAUUCGUGGAAAUUGCGUGAAAAAGAAAAUAAAGAAGACGAGUCGGUGGACCGAUCGACGAAGAAAUUCGAGGAACGUCCGGUACAAGACGCGAAGUGCAGACGAAACAGUAGAAGAAAUUAUAGAUCUCGAAGUCGAUCCAAAAGAAAUCAACGCAGAUCUCGCAGAAGACGUAGGAGGUGCAGUUCGGAGAAUCCCGAGGAGAUGGGUGAAGACGAGGACGAUUACGAGCCAAACAAAAACUCCGAAAAGAAGAACCCUCAUAACGAGCGUGCGAAUAGCGGUUCGAGAAGUUCACGCUCGAAAACGCAGGAAGACAGAACCGAUGUCGGAAGAUCCGACGACGUCUCGGACAUUUCCCUCGACGAGGACGAAAGCGACGACGAGGGGGAUAAGAAGGAGACCAACGCUAUCAAAUCUUAAUUCAAAUCGAUGUGUGAUAGCCGCGAACCACUUCCAAAUUUCUUAGUAUCGUCCACUUCUCCCAAUGUUAUUAUUAUCCGUAUCAUCAAUAUA